AUGACGAGCUCGCACCUCGCACCACCAUCAGCAUCGUCUUCAAAGAUAGGCACAUCGCCCUCUGUAUCGAGCCCCCUCCAGCAGUCUUCAUCUGCAUCUUCAUCGCAUUCGCACUCUCAUUCUCAUUCGCAUCACCAUCAUCACCAUCACCACCACUCGACACUCUCAGCACCAAUACCAACAGCAGCACUCGUCGAGCCGCCGUCUCUUUUCGCCUCUGUCGCACCGCAAAUCUAUCGCUCUGCUACACCCACCCCAUCCAACCACUCGUUCUUACGCACGCUGCAACUGAGGACCAUCCUGUCGCUCACCGCGGAGCUACCCUCCCCGAGCCUAACAACGUUCUGCAAGAAAAACGGGAUCAAGUUUCUCCACUUCGGACUUCGACGCUGGGGCACUCCGGACCUAUCCUCUUCCACUCCCAUCGCAACCUCCUUCCCGUCCACCGUAGACGACCCAGAUGCACCUCUAGACCUAUCCUUCCUACACACCAUCUCGCCCGCCACGACCUUCUCCACGCCCUCUACCAUCAAUACCUCCACCUCCUCGCCCACGCUCACGGAGGAACUCGUCAAGGACAGCUUGCAGGUCCUGCUCACCUCUUCGUACCACCCGGUGCUGGUUACCGAUACCUCCGGGAUCCACGAGAUCGGCGUGCUGUUGGGAUGCCUACGCAAGCUGCAGAGGUGGAACUUUGCGACCAUUCUGCUGGAGUACAGACACUUUGCGGGAAACAGGGCAAGAGCGACCAACGAACGCUUUGUAGAGAUGUUUGAUACGGACCUCAUUGCGUAUCCUGAACGGGAUGCGUUGCCGACGUGGUUCAGGGAGCAGAUCGAUGCCGAUGAUGCUCAGCUCGAUGCCGUCAACGCGUGUUCUUAG